AUGAGUGGAGACCCAGAAAUGGAGUGUUUUGGCGCGGCGGCCAUUUACCUCCGGAAGCCAGAACGAGAGAGGCUUGAGGCUCAAAACACUCCGUUUGACGCCAAAACAGCCUUCUUUGUGGCUGAGCCCGCCGAGAUGUAUGUAAAGGGCAAACUGAUUAAAAAGGAGGCGGGCAAAGCCACAGUUGAAAUUAAGGGUGGGAAGAAUAUCACUGUCAAAGAUGAGGACAUCUUCCCCAUGAAUCCACCAAAGUUUGACAAAAUUGAGGACAUGGCAAUGAUGACCCACCUCAGUGAGCCCGCUGUGCUGUACAACCUCAAAGAGCGCUAUGCAGCAUGGAUGAUCUACACCUACUCUGGGCUAUUCUGCGUCACUGUGAACCCCUACAAGUGGCUCCCAGUGUAUGACACAAUCGUUGUAGCAGGAUACAGAGGCAAAAAGAGGAUUGAGGCUCCACCCCACAUCUUCUCCAUCUCUGACAACGCCUAUCAGUUCAUGCUCCAAGAUCGGGAGAACCAGUCAAUUCUGAUUACUGGAGAAUCCGGUGCAGGAAAGACUGUGAACACCAAACGUGUCAUCCAGUACUUUGCGACAAUCGCAGUGUCAUCAGGAAAGAAGGCUGAGCAAACGUCCAGCAAAAUGCAGGGCUCGCUGGAGGAUCAAAUCAUUGCAGCAAAUCCCCUACUGGAGGCUUAUGGUAAUGCCAAGACAGUGAGGAAUGACAACUCAUCCCGCUUUGGUAAAUUUAUUAGAAUCCAUUUUGGAACAACUGGGAAGCUGGCUUCAGCAGAUAUUGAAACAUAUCUGCUGGAGAAAUCUCGAGUGACCUUCCAGCUCUCUGCUGAGCGAAGUUACCACAUCUUCUAUCAACUCACAACAGGCCAUAAACCUGAGUUGUUAGAGGCUCUGCUCAUCACCACCAACCCUUACGACUAUCCCAUGAUCAGUCAGGGUGAAAUUACUGUCAAGAGCAUCAAUGAUGUUGAAGAGUUCACUGCCACUGAUACUGCCAUUGAUAUCUUGGGCUUCACUGCAGAAGAGAAAAUAGGCAUUUACAAGCUAACUGGCGCUGUGAUGCAUCAUGGGAAUAUGAAGUUCAAGCAGAAACAGCGGGAAGAGCAAGCUGAGCCAGAUGGCACUGAGGUGGCCGAUAAAAUUGCCUACCUCAUGGGCCUGAACUCCGCUGAUAUGCUUAAGGCUUUGUGUUACCCAAGAGUCAAGGUCGGCAACGAAAUGGUGGUUAAAGGUCAAACAGUGCCGCAGGUUCACAAUGCUGUGAUGGCGCUCAGCAAAGCCGUCUAUGAGAAAAUGUUCUUGUGGAUGGUGGUCAGAAUCAAUGAGAUGCUGGAUACUAAACAGCCCCGCAACUUUUUCAUUGGCGUACUGGAUAUUGCUGGAUUUGAAAUUUUUGAUUUCAACAGCUUGGAGCAACUCUGCAUCAACUUCACCAAUGAAAAACUGCAACAGUUUUUCAACCACCACAUGUUUGUCCUGGAACAAGAGGAGUACAAGAAGGAAGGAAUCGAAUGGGAGUUUAUCGACUUUGGCAUGGAUUUGGCUGCCUGCAUUGAGCUUAUUGAGAAGCCAAUGGGCAUCUUCUCCAUCCUUGAAGAGGAGUGCAUGUUCCCUAAGGCUUCAGACACAACCUUCAAGAACAAACUGUACGACCAGCAUCUUGGUAAAAGUGCCCCCUUCCAGAAGCCAAAGCCUACUAAAGGCAAAGCUGAGGCCCACUUCGCUCUUGUUCACUACGCUGGUACUGUUGACUACAAUGUCAAUGGCUGGCUGGACAAGAACAAGGACCCUCUGAAUGACUCAGUUGUUCAGCUCUACCAGAAGUCCUCAAUGAAGCUGUUGGCCUUGCUGUUUUUAUCUCAUGCAUCUGCAGAUGAUGCGAAAGGUGCAAAGAAAGGUGGCAAGAAGAAGGGAGGUUCAUUUCAGACUGUGUCAGCUCUCUUCAGGGAAAAUUUAGGAAAAUUGAUGACUAACUUGAGGAGCACUCAUCCUCAUUUUGUGCGCUGCUUGAUUCCAAAUGAGUCAAAAACACCAGGUCUGAUGGAGAACCACCUGGUCAUCCACCAGCUCCGCUGUAACGGUGUACUGGAAGGCAUCAGGAUCUGCAGGAAAGGUUUCCCUAGCAGAAUCCUCUAUGGUGACUUCAAGCAGAGAUACAAAGUAUUGAAUGCAAGCGUCAUCCCAGAGGGACACUUCAUCGACAACAAGAAGGCCUCGGAGAAACUCCUGGGAUCUAUCAAUGUGGAUCACUCACAGUAUAAGUUUGGCCAUACUAAGGUGUUCUUCAAGGCUGGCUUGCUGGGUACACUGGAGGAGAUGAGAGAUGAGAAACUGGUUGAACUGGUUACCAUGACUCAGGCUUUGUGCAGAGGCUAUGUCAUGAGACGAGAAUUUGUCAAAAUGAUGGAGAGAAGGGAAUCUAUUUACUCAAUCCAGUACAACAUUCGCUCAUUCAUGAAUGUCAAACACUGGCCAUGGAUGAAGCUAUAUUUCAAGAUUAAGCCUCUACUCAAGAGUGCCGAGACUGAAAAGGAGAUGGCCCAAAUGAAAGAGGACUUUGAAAAAACCAAGGAGGACCUUGCAAAGGCAUUGGCCAAGAAGAAGGAACUGGAGGAGAAGAUGGUUUCUCUUCUGCAAGAGAAAAAUGACUUGCAGCUCCAAGUUCAGUCUGAGGGGGAAACUCUUGCUGAUGCAGAGGAACGGUGUGAGGGGCUCAUCAAAGCCAAAAUCCAGCUUGAGGCCAAAGUCAAAGAGGCUUCUGAGAGGCUGGAGGAUGAGGAAGAAGUCAAUGCUGAGCUGACAGCAAAGAAGAGGAAGCUGGAGGAUGAGUGCUCUGAGUUGAAGAAAGACAUUGAUGAUCUGGAGCUUACCCUGGCCAAAGUAGAGAAGGAGAAGCAUGCUACUGAGAACAAGGUUAAAAACCUGGUUGAGGAGAUGACUUCUCAAGAUGAGACCAUUGCAAAGUUGUCCAAAGAGAAGAAAGCCCUCCAAGAGGCCCACCAGCAAACAUUGGAUGAUCUUCAGGCAGAGGAAGACAAAGUCAACACUUUGACAAAAGCCAAGUCCAAGCUGGAGCAGCAAGUGGAUGAUCUUGAAGGAUCCCUGGAGCAAGAAAAGAAACUCCGUAUGGAUCUUGAGCGAUCCAAGAGGAAACUGGAAGGAGAUCUGAAGCUGGCCCACGAGACCAUUAUGGAUCUGGAAAAUGACAAGCAACAGUCUGAUGAGAAAAUCAAGAAGAGGGACUUUGAGAUGAGCCAACUUCUUGGCAAGAUCGAGGAUGAACAGUCAGUCGGGAUUCAGCUUCAUAAGAAAAUAAAAGAACUGCAGGCCCGUAUUGAGGAGCUUGAGGAAGAGAUUGAAGCUGAGCGGGCUGCUCGCGCCAAGGUGGAGAAGCAGAGGUCUGAUCUUGCCAGGGAACUUGAGGAGAUCAGUGAGCGACUAGAGGAGGCCGGUGGCGCCACCUCGGUCCAGAUCGAAAUGAACAAGAAGCGCGAGGCCGAGUUCCAGAAGCUUCGUCGUGACCUGGAAGAGUCCACCCUGCAGCAUGAGGCCACUGCCGCAACUCUACGCAAGAAGCAAGCUGACAGUGUGGCUGAGCUCGGGGAGCAGAUCGACAAUCUUCAGCGUGUCAAACAGAAGCUGGAGAAGGAGAAGAGUGAAUACAAGAUGGAGAUUGAUGACCUCAGCAGCAACAUGGAGGCCAUUGCGAAAUCCAAAGGAAACCUGGAAAAAAUGUGUCGUUCACUGGAAGAUCAAUUAAGUGAAUUCAAGUGCAAGCAUGAAGAACACAUUCGUCAAUUUAAUGACAUCAAUGUUCAAAGAGCGAGACUGACGACUGAAAAUGGGGAAAUUGGUCGUCAGUUGGAGGAAAAGGAAUCUCUGGUUUCUCAGCUUACAAGGGGCAAGCAAGCCUACAUUCAUCAGAUAGAGGAGCUUAAACGGGCUCUUGAGGAAGAAACAAAGUCCAAGAACGCCCUGGCCCACGCUGUCCAGUCUUCCCGUCACGAUUGUGACCUGCUCCGAGAGCAGUAUGAGGAGGAACUGGAGGCUAAAGCUGAGCUGCAGCGAGGCAUGUCCAAGGCCAACAGUGAGGUGGCUCAGUGGAGAACUAAAUAUGAAACGGAUGCUAUUCAGCGCACUGAGGAACUUGAGGAGGCAAAGAAAAAGCUUGCACAGCGUCUUCAGGAUGCAGAGGAGUCCAUCGAAGCUGUGAACUCAAAGUGUGCCUCUCUGGAAAAGACCAAACAGAGGCUUUUGGGUGAAGUGGAAGAUCUGAUGAUUGACGUGGAAAGAGCUAAUGCUGUUGCCGCCGCUCUUGACAAGAAGCAGAGGAACUUUGAUAAGAUUCUUGCUGAGUGGAAGCAGAAGUAUGAGGAGAGCCAGGCCGAGCUGGAGGGAGCUAUGAAAGAGUCUCGCUCACUCAGUACGGAGAUGUUCAAACUGAAGAACUCCUAUGAAGAAUCUCUGGACCACCUUGAGACCCUGAAGAGAGAGAACAAGAACCUGCAGCAGGAAAUUACUGAUUUGACUGAGCAAAUUGGAGAGUCAUCAAAGACAAUUCAUGAGCUGGAAAAAGCCAAAAAGCUUGCUGAAAGCGAAAGAGCCGAAGUCCAAACAGCUCUUGAGGAAGCAGAGGCCACUCUGGAGCACGAAGAAUCCAAGAUCAUUCGUAUUCAGCUUGAACUGACCCAAGUUAAGAGCGAGAUUGACAGAAAGCUUGCAGAGAAGGAUGAGGAGAUAGAGCAGAUCAAGAGGAACAGUCAGCGUGUGAUUGAAGCCAUGCAAACCACUUUGGAUGCCGAGAUCAGGAGCAGGAAUGAUGCCCUGAGAAUCAAGAAGAAGAUGGAGGGAGACCUGAAUGAGAUGGAGAUUCAGCUAAGCCAUGCCAAUCGACAGGCCGCCGAAGCCCAGAAACAGCUGAGGAACGUCCAGGGACAACUCAAGGAUGCUCAGCUACAUCUAGAUGAGGCUCUUAGGGCUCAUGCAGAGAUGAAAGAACAGGUAGCCAUGGUGGAGCGCAGGAACAACCUGAUGUUGGCCGAGAUCGAGGAGCUACGAGUCGCUCUGGAACAAACGGACAGAAGUCGCAAAGUGGCUGAAGCUGAGUUGGUUGAUGCCAGUGAGCGUGUAACAUUGCUGCACUCUCAGAAUACAAACCUCAUAAACACUAAAAGGAAGCUGGAAGCCGACCUUGCUCAAGUCCAAGGUGAAGUUGAGGAUUCCAUCCAAGAAGCAAGAAAUGCUGAAGAAAAGGCCAAGAAGGCCAUCACUGAUGCUGCUAUGAUGGCAGAGGAACUUAAGAAGGAGCAGGACACCAGCUCCCACUUAGAGAGGAUGAAGAAAAACCUGGAGGUGACAGUUAAAGACCUGCAGCACCGCCUGGAUGAGGCUGAGACCCUGGCUCUAAAGGGGGGCAAGAAGCAGCUCCAGAAACUGGAGGCUCGGGUGAGGGAGCUGGAAUCGGAGGUGGAGGCCGAACAGAAAAGAGGCGCGGAAGCUAUUAAGGGUGUCCGCAAGUAUGAACGGCGAGUCAAAGAGCUGACCUAUCAGACUGAAGAGGAUAAGAAGAAUAUUGCAAGACUUCAGGAUCUGGUGGACAAGCUGCAGCUGAAGGUCAAGGCCUACAAGAGGCAGUGCGAGGACACAGAGGAGCAGGCCAACGCCCACCUGACCAGGUAUAGGAAGGUUCAACACGAGAUGGAAGAGGCUCAGGAACGAGCCGAUAUUGCCGAAUCACAGGUCAACAAGCUGAGGGCUAAGAGUCGUGACUUUGCCAGGGGAAAGGAUGCUGAAGAAUGA